UAAUUUAUUCAAAUUCUGGUUUUUGAUUUUUUAAGUACCUAUGGACUUUGAGUAGAAGAAACUUGUUUUUUCAAAUGAGAAACAACCCUUUUUAAUGUGUUUACAUUAAUGUGAUGGUUUCAUCAAGCAGAUGAUGUUUUUGAAAAUGUUGAUGUAAUGAUGUACCUAUAUCCAAACAAACAUUUGAACGAGUAUUUGAGAAACAAUAAUAAUAUGUACUUCGUUGGAGUGGACGUCGGGACGGGAAGUGUUCGGGCGGCGUUAGUCGACGGUACUGGACGAAUUCUAAAAAAAUCUACCAGUGUUACUCAAACGUGGAAUCCCGAAGAGAACUUUUAUCAACAAUCGUCCGAAGACAUAUGGAGCAGUUGCUGUAAAGUCGUGAGGGAUGUCACCGAAGGUGUACCAUCGGAUGCUGUGGGAGGUAUCGGAUUUGAUGCUACGUGUUCUCUAGUAGUCGUGGACAGUGAUGGACUACCAUUAUCCGUGAGCAAAAACGGUGAACGAGAACAAAAUAUAAUACUGUGGAUGGACCAUAGGGCCAAAAAGGAAGCAGAUUUCAUCAACACGACAAAUCAUCGAGUUUUGAAGUAUGUGGGAGGUAAAAUAUCGUUAGAAAUGGAAACGCCGAAAAUUCUUUGGCUAAAAAAUAAUCUACCGAAAAACACGUUUUGGCAAAGAGUGGGUAGGUUCUUCGAUUUGCCCGACUUCCUUACUUGGAAAGCAACGGAUGCCGUUUCCAGGUCACUGUGUACGGUCGCCUGUAAAUGGACGUACUGUGCAGGUCAGGCGUUGCAGGGUGGUUGUUGGGAUCGCUCAUAUUUUGAAGAAAUUGGUCUGGAUGACUUGAGCAAAAACGAUUGGUCAGCGAUAGGCAACGAAGUCUUUGAGCCAGGACGACCAUGUGGCAACGGGUUAACCGAUAAAGCAGCCCGUGAAAUGGGACUAGCCGUCGGGACUCCAGUGGCCACAUCAUUGAUUGACGCGCACGCUGGAGCACUGGGAAUGAUCGGGAUUGGGUCUAAAAAUCCGACGGACUUUGGCCACCGAUUGGUAAUGAUUGGGGGCACAUCGACGUGUCACAUGUUACUAAGCGACCAAGAAGUGCUCGUGGACGGCGUCUGGGGACCAUACUACGGUGCCAUAGUCCCGGGUCUGUGGCUUCUAGAAGGCGGCCAAUCAGCCACUGGCAAACUGAUCGAUCAUGUGAUCAGCACUCAUCCGGCCGCCAAACAUCUGAAAGUCACUGAUGACGAGAGAGCGGAAGGCUACCUGAACGGGUUACUCGUGAAAAUGGCAGCAGACAAAGGUUUGGAUGCAAUCGAUAGGUUGACCGAAGACUUUCACGUAUAUCCUGACUUUCAUGGAAACCGAUCUCCCAUAGCGGAUCCCACGCUUAAAGGAAUGAUGGUUGGGUUGACGCUAUCCUCAGACCAAGAGAACUUGGCACUUAUUUAUCUGGCAACAAUACAGGCGCUGUGUUACGGGACCAGGCACAUCAUAGGAUCGAUGGAGGAGAAGAGCAAAGGAUCGUUAAAUGUCCAAGAGAUCCUCGUGUGCGGCGGACUAAGCCGAAAUCUGGUGUUUUUACAGUGCCAGGCUAACGUCGCCGCUCUACCGGUGCGCACUUCCACUGAAGACGACCCCGUUCUGAUCGGAUCAGCCAUGUUAGCCGCAGCCGCGUGCAAGUCGUCCAAGUCACCUGCUGAACUCCAUCCGUGGUCUUCGUCACUCGGAAACGCCAUCGCGGCAAUGGCCAGUGACGCACGAACUGUACACCCUUCGUUGGAUUUGCAGGAGUAUCAUGAGAGAAAGUACAUGGUUUACUUGGAAAUGCUCAAACAUCAAAACAUGUACAAGAAUAUUAUGUCAAGAAACCCAUGAGAAUAAUUAUAUUUUAAGUAAAAUAAUAAAUAAAAUAAAAAUUGUAUGAUCACACAUUUGUUUAAAAAAAAUAAAUGUUUGAUGAAUAAUUAUAAAAAAAAUCAGAAUAAAACAUUUGAACAAAAUACAACAGAAGUUAAUCAUUUUCAUCUUAGUCGAGGAUUUUGAUAUCUAGGUGGUUUACUUGUUGAUGAUGUUUUAAAUUUAAACAUUUUGUUAACUAAUAAAAAAAAAUUAUACAAAAAUCAUA